CCGAGUUUCCUUUAUUUGGAUUAGUGAUUGAAUUGUGACACAAACAGAAGCGUCCCCCCGAACGCGCAUUUAAAGUGGCUUAUCGGCACAGAAACGACUGAACGACACGCAAAGGCGAGGAAAGGAGAUGCGUUUUAAUCGCAGGGUUAUGAAACGACAAGCUCUGUCUGAAAGGCAGGCCUGGCGUUUCCAGUCGCGCUUCGUCUUCCUCCGAACGGUUAGAGAAGGUGCGCGUUUGCGUGCAGGCAUCCGGUUCCGGCCUCUCUGCGGUUUGCGCGCUUCGACGAAGAAGAAGAGAGAGAGAGACAGACAGAGACUCAGUUCAGGUGGAGCUCGCGCCGGACCGGACUGAAAGAUGUUCACUCACUGGGUGUUUGUGCACGUUUUGGCUGCUCUCCUCCUGUGUUCCCGCGGCACGUCCUUCUCGACACCCCCCUCUCCUUCAGAGACUCCCGGACCGGACACACCGGACACACCGGACACACCGGACCCUUCCACCCGACCGCCGACCACCUGGAGAAACACCUCGAGCUCGGGUCCUCCGGGGAACGGUUCGGGCGCUCUCGAGGACGACCUGUCCGCCGAAACCACUCCGAAGGACCCCCCGACCACCGAGGACCGACCGGACCCCGCCAACGACUCCGCCGUCGUGUUCAUCUCAUCGAAAGCGCAGCCGAAGGACGAUCCCCGUCAAGAAGGGUCAGGGUCGGGGUCGUUGACAGGAGGGAUCGUCAUUCUGAUCCUGAUCCUGAUCCUCAUCGCUGUUCUGCUCGGGAUUUUAUAUAUUCUGAGAAAGAAAGGAAGGAGUUACUCGUUCGAUCUGAGCGGCGUCGAAGCGCCUGGCCACGAUUAUGUCGACACGCCGCUCCGGAGCGACCAGCACGGCGUUAGCUAUGAGCAAACUAACAAAGAUCUGCCUGUGUGCUUGGACUUCACACACGAGGACAGGUCGCAAGAAAAGACCGACGCGAUAGCCAACGGCUCGGCGGGAGAAAAAAACCGGCAAGCGUCCGCCAACGAAAACGACGAGCAGAACGUUCCAGAAGAGAACAGCUUCUCUUCGAGCUCGAGCUCGUCUUCGUCCGGCUACGUCAAGAGAGUGGAGUUCGACCUCGACCUGGAUGUGCUGGGAGCCGGAGCCGACCCGAGCGGCUCGACCCAAGACGAAAACGAAAACAACAACAACGUCAGCGGCGCCGGGCGAGGAACCGCAGAAGAGGUCUUCACUGAAAUCAGUCUGGAUGAGUCGAAGUAGCGUCUUUCAGAGAUCUCGUGGGAUUGGCGGAAACGUCGCCUGGACCGUGAAACAUUAAAACGAUUGUAUACUGUACAUAAAAAAAGAACAUUGAAUCAUGGGUUGAAAUGUAUGUAAAAUAAAAAUUAUAAUUUGUGGCUAUAAUAAACAUUCAUCUUAGAA